GGAACCUUUAGUUCCAGGCUGUGGGCCGUGCAGGCAACACCCAGAACCUUCCGGGGAGAGGAGGAGGGCGCAUCAUGGCGGCGCCAGCCCUGAAGCACUGGCGCACCACGCUGGAGCGGGUGGAAAAAUUCGUGUCACCUGUCUACUUUACUGACUGUAACCUCCGUGGCAGGCUCUUCGGGGAUAGCUGCCCUGUAGCCUCACUCUCCAGUUUCCUGACGCCGGAGAGGCUUGCCUACCAGGAGGCAGUCCAACAGGACUUCAGCCCCGCACAUGUCGGCGACACCUUCGGACCCACAUGGUGGACCUGCUGGUUCAGGGUGGAGCUGAACAUCCCAGAGGCAUGGGUGGGCCAGGAAGUUCACCUUUGCUGGGAAAGUGAUGGAGAAGGCCUGGUCUGGCGUGAUGGGGAACCUGUCCAGGGGUUGACCAAAGAGGGUGAGAAAACCAGUUAUGUCCUGACUGACAAGCUGGGAGAAGGAGACCCCCGAAGCCUGACCCUCUAUGUGGAAGUAGCCUGCAACGGCCUCCUGGGGGCUGGGAAGGGAAGCAUGAUUGCAGCCCCUGACCUUGAGAAGACAUUCCGACUGAGCCGAGCUGAGCUGGCUGUAUUCCACCAGGAUGUCCACAAGCUCCUAGUGGAUCUGGAGCUGCUACUGGGCAUUGCUAAGGGCCUUGGGGAGGACAACCAGCGCAGCUUCCAAGCCCUGUACACAGCCAACCAGAUGGUGAACGUGUGUGACCCUGCCCAGCCUGAGACCUACCCAGUGGCCCAGGCCCUGGCCUCCAGGUUCUUUGGCCAGUGUGGAGGUGAAAGCCAACAUACCAUCCAUGCCAUGGGGCACUGCCACAUUGAUACAGCCUGGCUUUGGCCCUUCAAGGAAACUGUACGGAAGUGUGCCCGGAGCUGGGUGACAGCUUUGCGGCUUAUGGAACAGAAUGCUGAAUUCAUCUUUGCCUGCUCCCAGGCUCAGCAGCUAGAGUGGGUAAAGAACCGCUAUCCUGGCCUAUAUGCCCAGCUCCAGGAAUUUGCCUGCCGAGGGCAGUUUGUGCCUGUGGGGGGCACCUGGGUGGAAAUGGAUGGGAACCUUCCCAGUGGAGAAGCCAUGGUGAGGCAGUUCCUACAGGGCCAGAACUUCUUCCUGCAGGAGUUUGGGAAGAUGUGCUCUGAGUUCUGGCUGCCAGACACAUUCGGGUACUCGGCGCAGCUCCCCCAGAUCAUGCGCGGCUGUGGCAUCACACGCUUCCUGACACAGAAACUGAGCUGGAACUUAGUGAACUCCUUCCCGCACCAUAGCUUUUUCUGGGAGGGACUGGAUGGCUCCCGUGUGCUGGUUCACUUCCCACCUGGUGACUCAUAUGGAAUGCAGGGCAGUGUGGAGGAGGUGCUGAAGACUGUGACCAACAAUCGGGACAAAGGGCGGACCAACCACAGUGCCUUCCUCUUCGGCUUUGGGGAUGGGGGUGGUGGCCCCACUCAGACCAUGCUGGACCGCUUGAAGAGGCUGGGCAAUACUGACGGACUGCCCAGGGUGCAGCUGUCUUCUCCAGGGCAGCUCUUCAAGGCACUGGAGAGUGACUCAGAACAGCUGUGCACAUGGGUCGGGGAGCUCUUCCUGGAGCUGCACAACGGCACUUACACCACGCAUGCCCAGAUCAAGAAGGGGAACCGAGAAUGUGAACGGAUCCUACAUGAUGUGGAGUUGCUCAGCAGCCUAGCCCUGGCCCGCAGUGCCCAGUUCCUAUACCCAGCAGCACAGCUACAGCACCUCUGGAGGCUCUUACUUCUGAACCAGUUCCAUGAUGUGGUCACUGGAAGCUGCAUCCAGUUGGUGGCAGAGGAUGCCAUGAGCCACUAUGAAGAUAUCCGUUCCCAUGGCAAUACGCUGCUCAGUGCUGCAGCUGCAGCCCUGUGUGCUGGGGAGCCAGGUCCCGAGGGCCUCGUCAUUGUCAACACACUGCCCUGGAAGCGCACCGAAGUGUUGUCCUUGCCCAAGCCUGGAGGGGCCCACUGUCUAGCCCUGGUGACAGUGCCCAGCAUGGGCUAUGCUUCUGCUCCCACCCCCACCUUACCGCAGCCCUUGCUGCCCCAGCAGCCUGUGUUUGUGGUACAAGAGACUGAUGGUUCCGUGACUCUGGACAAUGGCAUCAUCCGAGUGAGCCUGGAUCCAACUGGCCGCCUGACAUCUCUGGUCCUGGUGGCCUCUGGCAGGGAAGCCAUUGCUGAGGGUGCUCUUGGGAACCAGUUUGUGCUGUUUGAUGAUGUCCCCUUGUACUGGGAUGCAUGGGAUGUCAUGGACUACCACCUAGAGACACGGAAACCUGUCCUAGGCCAACCAGGGACCCUGGCAGUUGGCAGUGAGGGUGGCCUUCGGGGCAGUGCCUGGUUCCUGCUACAGAUCAGCCCCAAUAGUCGGCUUAGCCAGGAGGUUGUCCUGGAUGUUGGCUGCCCCUAUGUCCGGUUCCACACCGAGGUACAUUGGAAUGAGGCCCACAAGUUUCUAAAGGUGGAGUUCCCUGCCCGAGUGCGGAGCCCCCAGGCUACCUAUGAGAUCCAGUUUGGGCACCUGCAGCGGCCCACCCACUACAACACUUCUUGGGACUGGGCUCGAUUUGAGGUGUGGGCCCACCGCUGGAUGGAUCUGUCAGAGCACGGCUUUGGGCUGGCUCUGCUCAAUGACAGCAAGUAUGGCGCAUCAGUACAAGGCAGUGUCCUCAGCCUUUCACUCUUGCGGGCACCUAAGGCCCCAGACACCACUGCUGACAUGGGGCGCCAUGAGUUCACCUACGCACUGAUGCCUCACAAGGGCUCCUUCCAGGAUGCUGGUGUUAUACCUGCUGCCUACAACCUCAACUUCCCCUUAUUGGCACUUCCGGCACCAGGCCCUGCUCCUGCUGCCACCUGGAGUGCCUUUUCCCUUUCAUCACCAGCAGUCGUAUUGGAGACUGUCAAGCAGGCUGAGACCAGCUCCCAGAGCCACACACUGGUCCUGAGGCUGUACGAGGCCCAUGGCAGCCAUGUGGACUGCUGGCUGCACACAUCACUGCCAGUUCAGGAAGCUGUCCUCUGUGACUUCCUUGAGAGGCGAGACCCUGCUGGCCACCUGCCCCUUCAAGAUGCCCGACUAAAGCUCACCUUUUCUCCCUUCCAAGUGAGGUCCUUGUUACUUGUGCUUCAGCCUCCACCAAACUGAGGAUGGUGUUUUGUUUAUGGAAAGUUUUGGGAAGUCCUCAUUUCUGCCCCCCAAACCUGAAACAAGGAUCAGCCACUUCUUAUAUAAUAAAUCCUUGGAUC